UAUAAUGGGUAUGUUAUUGUAUGUAGGUAGCUCUUUAGACAGUCUCAGUCUUUUAAUAGUUCAAUGCAUUACAUUCGUGCGAAUGAAGGCUAAUAGAAUCUGGUAAGACUGAUCUGUGUACAGUGUGCACUGUGCAAGUGAUAUCAAUCGUUGUCUAUGUUGUUUUUAUCAGGAAAAUAUAAAUUUGUGUUUUGUUAUUAAUUGCGCCUAAUGAGAUGUUUAAUCUUUUAUCCGUAGUUAUGUGAGCGUUCAUAAACUAUCUAAUGUCAUUAAACUCGAAAUUGCAGUGUCGUUUAUAUUAUUGUUUUACUCAGUAUAUAAAUUGUAAGCGUACAAUAUGCCUGUGACACUAUUGGACAGGUUGCCCUUGCCGAAUCUCAAGGCAUACACGACUGGAAGUGUUUUAUUAUUAUCAGUGGCUGUUUACUAUGCGAUGAGUGUGACGAGUGAUCCAAACUGGCGGGCAAAUUCUACUCUUCAGCGGCAGGAUGGGGUGGUUGUAGAAUCUGAUGUGGACGCGUUAAGGAUGGUGCCGUCUGUGGGUGCUGAUGUGCUGAGCUUCUACGGUAACGGCACGAGGAACUUUACUGAGCAGUUUGUUGAGGUGGUGACGUUCAUGAUGCAGGAGCCACUAUGCAUGUGGACGGUGAUAAACACAGCGUACUGCUGCCUGGCGGUGCUCGGGCUGGUGAUCCAGCGCGCGGUGUUCGGGCGGCUGCGCGUGGCGGAGGCGCAGCGCGUCAAGGACAAGUUCUGGAACUACGUGUUCUACAAGUUCAUCUUCGUGUUCGGCGUCAUCAACGUGCAGUAUAUGGACGAGGUGCUGCUCUGGUGCGCCUGGUUCAGCGUGCUCGGCUUCCUGCAGUUGCUCGGACAGCUCUGCAAGGACCGCUUCGACUAUCUGUCGUCGUCGCCGCACGCGGAGCGGUGGGCGCACGCGCGGCUGCUGGCGCUGGUGGCGGGCGUGCAGGCGGCCAGCGUGGCGCUGCUGGCCGCCGCCGCCGCCUGGGGGCUGCCCGCCGGCUGCGACACCUUCGUCUUCAUGGCCGCGGAGUGCGUGCUGGUGCUGGUGUCCGCGCUGCACGUGGUGGCGCGCUACGUGCUGCACGUGCACGAGGCGGACGCGGCCGGCCCGCUCGCCUACUACACGCACCUCGGCUUCGAGUCGGUGCUGCUGGUGGUGGAGCUGAUGGACGUGGUGCACAUGGUGGUGUACAGCAACAUGCUGGUGUCGAUGGCGUCGCUGGUGCUGCUGAUGCAGCUUCGCCACCUGCUGCACGAGCUGCAGGCGCGCCUGCGCCGCCACCGCACCUACACCACGCUCGCGCACCACAUGAGCCGCAAUUACCCAAUGGCGAGUAAGGAAGAAGUGGAGAAGAACCAGGACAACUGCGCCAUCUGCUGGGAGCCCAUGAAGGAGGCCAGGAAGCUGCCGUGUGCACAUUUGUUCCACAACUCGUGCCUGUGCCAGUGGGUGCAGCAGGACGCGUCGUGCCCCACGUGCCGGCGCGCGCUGGCGGCCGCGCCGCCGUCGCCGCCGCCGCCGCCGCCGCCGCCGCCCUCGCCCCCCGCCCCGCACCAGCACCCGCGCCCCGCCGCCGCCCUCGCGCCGCACGUGCCGCCCCACCACCCGCCGCCCGCCGACCGACCGCAGCGUCACCCCAACCACCUCUUCCACUUCGAUGGGUCGCGGUACGUGUCGUGGCUGCCGAGCUUCUCGGUGGAGGUGACGCGCGUGCGGCUGCAGCCGCCGCCGCCAGCGCUCUCCGCCUCGCAGCUGGACGCCAUGGCGCGCCAGGUGCAGCAGCUGUUCCCGCAGUUCCCGCUGGCGACGCUGGCGCGCGACCUGGCCGCCACGCGCUCGGCCGACCGCACCGCGCACAACGUGCUCGAGGGCCGCCUGCGUCCGCCCACGCCGCCGCCCACGCCGCCCACGCCGCCCACGCCGCCCACGCCGCCCACGCACGAGCUCGCGCAAUACGCGCCGAUGCUGUCCGUACAAGAGAGUCGCAGUAGUCCGGAGCCGGCAGCUGUGACCGGCGCCACCGCCACCGCGGACGGGGACGUCGCUGCUGUCACCGCCACCACCACCUCUGUUACCACCGACACCCCUAGCUUUCCGGAGCCCUACUUGUCAGAACUCGAUGAUGCUGAUGAAAGCACGUUGGCGGCGCCUAUCAGUUCCCUGUUCUCGGGCAGCGCGGCCGAGCGGCAGGCGCUGCUGCAGCGGCGCAAGGCGCAGCUGCUGGCCGCCGCGCGCCGCCGCUACCUGCAGCGGCGGCGCGCGGCCGGCGCGGGCGUCGGCCGCCCGCUCAGCUGAGUGGAAAAUCCCCUCUAAACCCUGUUGGGGCUGAACCCCCGCCCGUCUUCGCAUCUACAUCUUCGUACCACGUCACCUACAUUCACAUUACGGCCUGCGCAGACGUCGGGCGUUAAAAAUAGUCCGUCAAAAUAGACCACGCUAAAACAAGUUUGUGUAAACAAAGCUAAAUUGCAUUACGAAAUUUGUUUCGAUGACUUAGAACGUGUGAAACUUAUGCUGUGAAAAAACAUUUGAGCAAUAUUGCUGAAAUAUUUGCUCCAUCAGCAACGAAGCUUCCACGGACGAAUUCAUUGUACGGCAUAAAAUUGGUUGAUUACGCGCCUAUGAGGCUAGUUUUAUUUAUAAAGAAAACGCAUGGUUUAAUGACUGUUUUAGUUUUAGAAAAGUAAUGCGGGCGUUACGAAACGAUGUGAAUGAAUGUAGUGAAACCAAUUUUAUGCCGCUAUAUCGUAAUAUAAUUAGGCUGUCUGUGAACGCGACGGUUUUCCCUUCGCGACAGAAGUCCACCGUCUGCACAGGCCUGUAUAAAUUAUAUAUAAAUUGCAUGAAAAGCUAACGUGAAGUUAUUUGUAAAAGUGACAUUUCGUUUACACAUUUAAUUUCCCAUCUCGAGAUAUUUCGCUUUUUUAUUUAUGACAUAACAUAAUGUAGAAGAAACAAUCCAAAAUCUUACCGAUAAUAUUUAUUAAAAUGUGUUCUUUGACUGAUAUGUAUAAUAAAAAAAAAAAACAAAAAAAACUUGAUACGCGUUCAGAAAGCCGUACGGAUACAAAAACCGUUGAGUAGUUCAAUUUUGUUCCCUAUGGCUACGCACCUCGGACAAUGUUAUUCGAUUGAUAUCACCGGUUAUGGUAUUGUUCCUUCGUAUAGGCGUUGUAAGUUAUUAGCAAUUAUUCUACAUUUAGUUACAAACGCGUACCACUCCACUAUUUAAUUUAUCGUUGACGUAAAAGGAGAGAGAGGGAAAAAAUUAGGUUCGUUAAAUUGGUAAGCGAGGUUGCAGCGAGCGCGCACGCAGGCACGACAUGGCGUCGACAAAUGUUACCUUCUGUCCAUUGUAUUGUUAUUAAUGUACUGUUAUGUAAUGUAAUUUGAACAUAUAAGACACAUCAUCACCUAUAUGAAAUACUGUUCAUUAUUACAAGAGAGACCUUAGGAUUGUGUAAAUAAACUCCAUAAGCAAAUCGACUUGUGAACAGUUCCGUGUAUGGAAAGAUUGUAUGUAAUAUAAACUAGCGGCACGGUACGAGACUCUUUAUAAAAAUUAACAAUAGUACUUUAUUUACCAAUCAAUUAAAUUAUUAUCAUUAUUUCUUUCUUUCUUUCUUAUUUCUUUCAAUUUAUUACCAAAUAAUUUAAUAUAUUUUUUUUCGAUUGUUUUCAAUCGAAAUAACAUUACAUAAAAUUAACCAAAAGGCUAAUUUAAAUUAUUACCCGUUAUAGCUUUUCACUUUUUGUCCAUUUUACUUUUAAAUACGUAAAUUUGAUAAAAAAUUAUACGGACAAACAAAAAAACUUAUACAUUUAUAAACGGGAAAACAUGAAAAACGCUAUCGCACAGUACCGCUAGUUCGCUGUCGCAGUCGAUCAAAUUAUAGUACGUCGAGCCAAUGGAAUCAGUCGUUGCCUGGUCAGUGCAUUUCAUAUUUUUGUAACGCUACAAUCUGGUGAUAGUCGACAGCUAAGCAACACGAGCUAGCUCCCAUAAAACACAAAUUUCAAAAUAUAACUGCUCAACCUGCAUUACUAAGAAAAAAAAAUCUUCGAAAUCCUGAUUUUUAAGUGUUAAAUAACAAUAAUUAAUACUAUUUUAUUUUAUUAUUUUGACAGCCAUAAUGUACUUUAGAAUGUAAUACUUCACUUAUGUGAUAUUUUAAUUAGAAACUCUAUUGAUUGAGAUUAACAAAUGCCUCUGACUGACCCCCUGGGGGUAACGUUGUGAGCAUACGUUAUUAUUAAUUAAAAUUCAGAUAGUGUAAAAUAUUUUUUAUCGUAGUAGUAAUUUAUAUUUAUAUACCGUUUCCUAUAUUUGGCAUGUUCAGUAAACAAUCUUGGCAUUACUGUUAUAAUUGAAAAAGAUAUGACAAGAUUGUUCAAUAAAUAAGCCAAUUAAGACGAGACCAGAACGUACAAGUUCUAUAUUCGAUUGGUUUAAAGUUUAUAUUUUGUGAAUAUCGGAUAUGAACUGUGUAGUAAGCCUUGUCGGCGGUACGGUUGCUUCAUAUUAGCGGAACGAGUUAUUUUUCUACGGUACCAAUGAGACAGAGAGAGUAUAUUUUUCUAUUGACAAUAGCACCCUCGCUAGAUGUAUCGUUUGACAUUAAUAUAAAAAUGUACUUUGUAACUUUAGUUCAGCUAGUAUUUGCAAAUGAGGAAAUUUUAAUUCUUAUAUGUAUAAUUUGUUCUUUGUUCGUUCGUUACUUGUAUUGUGAUCCACAAGAUUAUAAAUUCAUUUAAAAAUAAGAUUGUCAGAAGUAAUCGUUAACAAACAACUUAUUUUUAAACUGGCAGUAUGUUUAUUUUAUAAAUUUAAUGAUUAUUUAUGCAAAAGAUGACGAAUAAGAAAAAAUAAAUUAUACAAACCUGCAUGGCGUAGAAAUGACCGGAAUAGUAUUGUAUAUUUGAAUCAUUCUUAUUUCAUAUAAUUGUAUUGAUAGCAUGGUACUCAUCUCUUUUUAGUAGGUACUUAUAACACAACUCAUUAUUGUAUGGCAAUUCUUUAUUUAUUAUACAAACAUUACGUAGUGGUUCGGAUGUAUGGUCAGUCUUAUCUCAAUACAGCCUGUAGGGGAAACGUUGUUGUUAAGAAUUCUAUCUCAAGAAAAUUCAGAUGCAUAUAACUUACAGUGAUUAGAAGUUUAUACCAAUGUUUCCCUUACACUUUGUAUACGCUAUAUGUGUAGGUAUAUGAGAAAACAAGAAAUGCUGUUCAUUUCUAAAUAAUACACCCUCAAAACCUAUCAAACUUAGAAGUAUUUGACAUCACGUUGCGUGUAACAUCUGUUCUUAUUGCCAGCCAGUUCACCAAUACUCAGUCACCAUGUGGACUUGAUGUUUGUGCAACAUAUUUGUACUUAAUUUAUAUCUUAAUUCAUAGAAAAAGAGACUCGUCAUACAUCCGACCGAAUCCUAGUGAUAGCUAAACUAUUAAUUGUACUUAUCUAUUAUUUGGUAUAUUUGCAACAAAUACAGUUGUCAUAUUCACAGGAACGUACACUUAGGAAUUAUUGUUGAUACACAGACAUUAUUUGUAAAUUAAUUGAGAACUAGUCAAAUAAAAUAUAACAAAUUGA